AUGCUUUACCACGUGGUCACCUUACUGCAUUGUCUCCCUCUGGUCAUGGGACAGUAUGAUAUCUGCAAAUCCUGGGUCACCACGGACAAUGGACCCAUGUGGGAGUUUUACGCUUGCCAGCCCAAAGCUGUGGCUAUGAAAGACUUUGCGACGGUCCGGGUGGAGCCCUCCGGCAUCACCUGUGGGGAUCCGCCCGAGCGGUUUUGCACGCAUGAAAACCCAUACUUGUGUAGCGACGAGUGCGAUGCUUCCAAUCCGGACCUGGCCCACCCUCCCAAGCUGAUGUUCGACAAAGAAGACGAAGGCCUGGCCACCUACUGGCAGAGCGUAACCUGGAGCCGUUACCCGAAGCCUCUGUUGGCCAACAUCACGUUGUCUUGGAACAAGAGCGUUGAGUUAACCAACGAUGUCGUCUUGACUUUUGAGUACGGCCGUCCCACCAAAAUGAUCUUGGAGAAGUCCGUGGACAACGGGAGGACUUGGCACCCCUACCAGUACUAUGCGGAUGAGUGCAACGAGGCGUUCGGCAUGCCGGCACGGAAGGUGAGGGAGCUGUCCACCACCAGCGUCAACAGGGUCAUCUGCACGGAGGAAUACUCUCGUUGGGUGGGGUCCAAGAAAGAAAAGGAGGCGAGAUUCGAGGUGAAGGACCGCUUUGCCAUUUUUGCCGGGCCUGAACUUCGAAACAUGGACAAUCUUUACACCAGGCUGGAGAGCGCCAAGGGCCUUAAGGAUUUCUUCACCGUGACGGACUUGAGGAUACGGCUCUUGAAACCGGCGCUGGGAGGCACCUACGUCCAGAGGGAGAACUUGUACAAAUACUUCUACGCGAUCUCCAAUAUUGAAGUCACAGGCAGGUGUAAAUGUAAUCUCCAUGCCAACCAGUGCAUUUUCAAGGAAGGAAGUCUCCAGUGUGAAUGUGAACAUAACACAACGGGACAGGACUGUGGCAGAUGCAAGAAGAAUUUUCGGAGCAAAUCCUGGAGAGCUGGAUCCUACCUUCCCCGUCCCAACGGUUCUCCUAACGUGUGUGCAGCUCCAAAUUUUGGCAUUUUGCCCGAGACUUCCAGAGUCAUUGAGAUCAAACCUGAAUCUGAUGUCCGGGUCCCUCUUGAAACGUUUCAAGACUGUGAAUGUUACGGGCAUUCCAACCGGUGCAGCUUCAUCGAUUUCCUGAAUUUAGUGACCUGCAUUAGUUGUAAGCAUAACACGCGGGGACAGCACUGCCAGUAUUGUCGGCUUGGCUACUUCCGAAAUAGCUCCGCGGAGCUGGACGAUGAGAAUGUUUGUGUAGAUUGCAACUGCAACCGAAUUGGCUCACUGGCUAACCGUUGUAAUGAGACCGGCUAUUGCGAAUGCAAAGGUGGUGGCGUGACGGGGCCGAAAUGUGACGAUUGUCUGCCCGGCUACUAUUGGAGGCAAGGUUGCUUACCCAACAUCUGCGAUGACGAGCUCCUGAUUUGCCAAAACGGAGGCACAUGUUACGAGAACCAGCGCUGUCUCUGCCCGCCAGGAACCAAGGGCGUCCUGUGUGAACAAACUAAAUGUGAAAGGGAAGAUACGGAGUGCGACUCCGUCUCCGGGACGUAUCUCAGCCUUUCGGCCUUUGUGGCCAGCGCGGUUGGCCUACACAUGCAGCAACUGUUGGACCUCUGA